GUACAAAUACUUGUCCUGGUGGAUCCUCUUCUAUCCUCGCCCUCCGGAGCGGAUGAGAACCGGACGUCGGAGAGGAGACCAAAACCCUUUCCUUCUAUCCUCCUCAUAGAUUUCUAGGAUUUUUCUCUACAUCUAUAGAUUUCUUCGCUUCCUGGGGUUUCAAUCUCCUCCUCUACGCCUUCUUGGUGUCGGAUUCGUUGCCCAGAAUUUUUUUUGGGCGAAUUUUUCCUAUUUAUUCUUUGAUUCUUGCCCGGCGAUCUGGGAGCCAUGAAGGAGGAACUUCUGGAGACGUUCGAGGCUGCGAAGAGGGCGGCGGACGCGGCGGCGGAGGCUGGCGGCGCGUCGCCGGAGGCGGAUCGGUGCGUGGACGCGCUGCAGCAUCUGAGGAAGAUCCCGGUCACGACGGAGGUCCUGGUGGCGACUCAGAUUGGCAAACGUCUUCGCUAUCUUACAAAGCAUCGUUACUCGAAGAUUCAAGCAGUUGCUUCUGACCUGUUGCAAUUCUGGAAAAAGGUAGUUAUUGAUGAGACUGCCAACGGUAAAAAAAAUGGCAGUCCUGAAAGUAAGAGUUUUGUUAAAGUUGAAAUCAAAUCUGAGAAAGCAGAGACUGCUAAGGUUGACGAGGUUUCAAAGGCUGGGUCUGUUAAGGUUGACAAUAUUUCAGAUUCAGAAUGUCUCAAGGCUGAGAAGAAAGAUUCAGAUAGACUGAUGAAGGCUGAGACUUUGAAGUCAGAAAAAAUAAAGAUUGAGACAAGGAACAAUGAGUCUUCAAGUCAAAAUAUCAAAGUUGAGAGGAUCUUGAAGGAAGAGAACAGGGAUUCUGUUAUUAAGAAGCCAUCAUUGGUCCCAGUUGGUCCACCAAAGCUAACAUCAAUGAUCAAAUGUAAUGAUUCUUUGCGUGACAAACUCCGGGAACUUCUUGCUGAAGCUUUCUCUAAAGUAUCUGGCGAGACUAGUGCAGAUAUUAGGGAUGAAGUCAGAAACAUCUUAGAUGAAGUAGAUGCUUGUGACCCAAUUCGAGUUGCUGUCACUGUGGAGUCUGUGAUGUUUGAAAAGCUAGGCCGUUCUAAUGGUGCUCAUAAGCUCAAAUAUAGGUCGAUAAUGUUCAAUUUAAAGGAUGCCAAAAACCCUGACCUGCGAAGACGGGUUCUCCUUGGACUGGUGAAGCCUGAGAAACUAGUUGAAAUGACUCCUGAGGAGAUGGCUAGUGAUGGGAGAAAGCUUGAAAAUAAGCAGAUUAAAGAGAAGGCUCUAUUUGAAUGUGAACGUGGAGGGGCUCCUAAAGCUACAACUGAUCAGUUUAAAUGUGGUCGGUGUGGACAGCGGAAGUGCACUUACUAUCAGCUGCAAACCCGGAGUGCUGAUGAGCCGAUGACGACUUUUGUAACAUGCGUAAACUGCAACAACCACUGGAAGUUCUGUUGACCUUAUCAUGCAGCAGGACAUUCGCAGCCAAGUUUGUCCAGCACCUUGUCUUUUAUCAUGUUCAGACUUGAUAGACUAGGUCUUCAGUCUUUAAUGUCUGAUGAACUCAUUGUCUUUGGAGAGUUUAGUUACUAUGGCACAUGUAAUCUUCAAAAUGGUCAAUGUUUUUCUGUCAUUUGGUAUUUGCUGCCCCAGUUAGCAGCUAGAGCUCUGAAUCCAUUGCACUCACUUCUUUGGUAGUGCACCAUCUUCUCCCUUUGGAUACUUCAGGCAGAGAAAGAGAAGUACAUCAACCAGAAGUGUUAGUCAUGUCUUAUUUUCUUGCUGUUGUAUGAACCGUGCUUCAUGCAGUCAGUUUUCCUGUGACAGACGCGGGUAUAAUGCUUAGUUUUUAUUUUCUAAUUGCAGCUAUUCUGAUAUAUUGUAACAUUAAUCGUGCUCCUCUUGGGUUUGUAUCACCUGCUUUAGUGUGCUGAAACAGAGGGCAAUUACAGGGGACAUCUGACUGUUGCCACUGGGUUAAUAUUAGUUAUAGUAUCAAUUUACAAUGAUAACAGAAUUAGAAUGAAA